AUGUCAACCCAAUCUGUUCAAACUUUUGGUAAAAAGAAGACUGCCACUGCCGUUGCUCAUGUUAAAGCCGGUAAAGGUUUAAUUAAAAUUAACGGUUCCCCAAUCACCUUGGUCCAACCAGAAAUCUUAAGAUUCAAAGUUUACGAACCAUUGACUUUGGUUGGUUUAGAUAAAUUCCAAGGUAUCGACAUCAGAGUUAAAGUCACUGGUGGUGGUCACGUUUCUCAAGUCUACGCCAUCAGACAAGCUAUUGCUAAAGGUUUGGUUGCUUACCACCAAAAAUACGUUGACGAAGCUUCUAAGAACGAAUUAAAGAAAAUUUUCGCUUCUUACGAUAAGACCUUGUUAGUUGCCGACUCAAGAAGAAUGGAACCAAAGAAAUUCGGUGGUCGUGGUGCCAGAGCAAGAUUCCAAAAAUCUUACCGUUAA